CUGGGAAACAGACGCUCCAGGAAUGGUUCUCGUCUUCUUCAAUUGGUAAUAAUAAUAAUAAGCAAAUCCCAAAAAAACCCUAACGGUACUUAGUGUGUUAUAGGAAGCUAAAUACAUUUCACCUACAUCUUCACCUCUGCACGCAAGAGAGCUGAUUCGUUUCACCUACAGAUUCCUUUUCUAAACCCCUAAAUUUUCGAUUUUUUGUGAUUUUUGAUUUUUGAAAAAGAAUCGAAUAUUUUUUAUUUGGAUGUCUCCUGCGGCGGUGGAGAUUGGUUCUCCGGUUGAAAAGUUCUCUUCUUUCUUAAACCCUAAUCAAAAUUACUCUGAGUUGUUCCCGGAGAGUGUUCCCACUCACGAUCAACGAAACAUGGACGCUUCCUUCUCCUUCGGGUUUGGUGGAGCUGGUUCAGGACAACAACACACCAAGACUCGUCAAAAGCCGAGGCUUGUGAAACUUAGGAAGAACGGUAGAGUGGUUAAAGGACCCUCUUUUUCCGGCGAGGUUUUUUCAGGUUUCAAUCCGUUUGCGCCGCCCAGUCAAGGUAGUGAGUCACCUGGAGAUAAAUGUUUCGUCUUUGGAGCUAAUGGGAAUAGUUCUGGUGCAAAAGCUAGUCCAGGUAAUGCCACGGUAUCUUCUUUGUCUGAUGAGGAGUUUAGUACACCUAUAGGAGACUCUGAGUUGAGUUCGGAAUCCACUAAGGAACAUUCAGAUAGAGGUGUGAGAAAGGUAGAUAAUGAUAAUCGUGAAAACGUCAGACAGUGUAGUGAGAGCACAACUUGUGAUGCGAAAACUGGACUUAAGUUUGAUAGCAAGUCUAACAGUGUACAGUUUGCUCAUGGUAAAAGUAAAGUUGUCCAUAAAGAUGGUCCUGGAAUGAACCUGGCUGAUGACAUGGAGAAGCUUAAUAUCAGUGAGUCCAGAGUUCAUGGUGGCAGCGACUAUGAGGAAGCAAGGAAAUCCAAUAACACACCUGUGUUUACUUUUGGUAGUUUUGGAAAGCUUGAUCCUAAAUGUAAGGAAGGUGUGGCAACAUCAGGGUCAUGCUCUUUCAGUUCCAAUGGUUUUCACGAAAGUAAGAAUGCAGAGGAUGUAAAAUCCCGUUCCAAGACUACCAACAUAAACAACUUACCAAACACUAGCUUUGGUACAAGAACAUCCUUAGAUGAUUUGAAGGUACCCGAAUGGGAUCCUACUUUGCUUAAGAACAGUCUUUUCCCAGAAAUGAGUAGAAAGUCAGUACAUGCACGAAGAAAUCGUUUGUCCAAGGACAGGAAAUCGAAGAACGUCAAGGAAAAAAUGAAACAGCGUGAGCCAGAUCGUUGCAACAAUCAGACUUCUGAGGGAAUUCAGGCUCAAGAAAAGCUCAACUCCCCUGGAUAUUGCUCACCGAUGGAUUAUUCUCCAUAUCAAGGUGAGAAAGCCAGCAAUCAAUUUUCAACAGAAACUCCUCUAACAUCAAUUGAUCCCGCACAUUCAAGCAAACAUGACAAUUCCCGUUCUAGCAAUGACGUUAAGGUUGCCUCAGCCAGGGAUUCAUCUCUCUUCACAGCAGAGGAUCAUGGAAGUAGUUGUACGCCAAAAUUUUCUUUCUCAGCAUCCACCUCUCAGGGAACAAUACCUCAUAAAAAGCUUCAAGCUGUAAAGAAAUAUAGGAGGAAAGUUAAUAACAGUUUGCCAAAAAAGAAUCUUAAUGCAACCAUGCGAAACAAUCAAGAGAAUCAACCUGUGAAUACAGGUCAAGCCAAAAAAGACUCAGGCUCUACAUCGAUGAUGCCUGAUGUCUGUGAGGUUUGGCGACUAAGGGGAAAUCAAGCCUACAAAAAUGGUCAUAUGUGUAAAGCUGAGGAAUGUUACACUCAGGGUAUUAAUUCUUCCCCGUCAAGUGGUAGUUCAGAAUACUCUGUCAAGCCUCUUGCACUGUGCUAUGGUAACCGUGCAGCAGCAAGGAUUUCUCUUGGAAGACUGAGGGAGGCUAUUAGCGACUGUGAGAUGGCUGCUUCACUUGAUCCAAGCUACAUUAAAGCGUAUAUGAGAGCUGCAAACUGUCAUCUUGUGCUGGGGGAACUUGGAUCAGCCGUGCAGUAUUUUAAUAAAUGCAUGGAAUCCACCUCUACUGUCUGCUUGGAUCGACGAAGUACUAUAGAAGCAGCUGAAGGUUUACAACAGGCUCAAAGGGUAGCUGAAUUUACCAGCUGUGCAUCCAUAUUAUUGGAGAAGAGAACACCUGAUGGUGCAUCUGACGCAUUGGUUCCAAUUUCCAAUGCCUUAUUGAUUAGUUCAUGCUCAGAUAAAUUGCUUCAAAUGAAGGCGGAGGCGCUGUUUAUGAUCCGACGUUAUAAAGAUGUGAUCGAGCUUUGUGACAAUACCCUUCCGACGGCUGAGAGAAAUUUUGUUUCAGCAGGGACUGGUGGGACGACAAAUGUUGAUGGAUUGGGGUCUACGCAUCACAAGCUGAUAGUUUGGAGAUGGAACAUGAUGUCCAAGUCGUACUUCUACUUGGGGAACCUUGAGAAGGCCCUUGAUAUAUUAGAAAAGAAUCAGGGAGAGUGUCGUGAGUCACCAGUUUCUUUAGUGGCCACCAUUUCUGAACUUUUACGUUACAAGAACGCAGGUAAUGAAGCUGUUCGGGACGGAAAGUAUAUGGAAGCAGUAGAGCAGUAUACUGCUGCACUAUCAAGAAAUGUUGACUCACGCCCUUUUGCAGCAAUUUGCUUUUGCAAUCGUGCAGCUGCUAAUCAGGCCCUAGUCCAAAUAGCUGAUGCAAUUGCCGACUGUAGUCUUGCCAUGGCUCUUGAUGAAAACUACACGAAGGCAGUCUCCAGGAGAGCCACAUUACAUGAGAUGAUCAGAGAUUAUGAUCAAGCAGCUAGUGAUCUCCAGAGGCUUAUCAGCAUUCUCGUAAAGCAAAGUGAUAAGACAAAAAAAACGCCAGAGGCAUCUGCAGAGCGUGCAAGCAGCAGGAAAGAACUAAAGCAGGCCCGUCAACGGUUGUCUGUGAUGGAAGAAAAAUCUAAAGAGAGCAUUCCUCUGGAUUUCUUCCUCAUCAUGGGAGUGAAGACAACUGACACUGCUGCUGAUAUCAAAAAGUCAUACCGUAAAGCAGCUCUUAGACAUCACCCAGACAAGGCUGCACAGAUUCUUGUCAGAAGUGAAAGUGAAGGACCGUGGUUGAAGGAGAUAUUAGAAGAGGUUCACAAGGGUGCAGAUAGGCUCUUCAAAAUGAUUGGAGAGGCAUAUUCAGUUCUUUCUGACCCAACUAAGAGGUCAGACUAUGAACUUGAGGAAGAAAUUAGAAAAGCCAAGGCAUCUAGAGAAAGCUACAGAAGAAGAAAAGCUGCGGAAGAAAGUAGCCCAACGUAUCAGACAAGUGCAACCAGGCGAUACUGGAGGGACAGCGGGAGUACAUACCGAAAUACGCCUUCUUGGUGGUAGAACCCUGAAAUUCUAGGCGACAUUAGGAAAAGGAACCCAGUAUUCUUUUUUUUGGUGGUUUAAGCAAAGAGGGAUCCACUGGAUUUCUCCCAGGUGAGUCAUUCCAGAGCUGGUGAAGUGUAAAGGGUUGCUACACAUCAGUUCAGCAAAUGAUACCAGCUUGCAUACUAAAGAAUUGUUUGUUUCAAUGGUGAAUAGGGCAACUCCUGCGAGGUUGUGACCCAACUACGUUGUCUGAAAAAUUGAUGAUUGUACUGUUUGUACUUUGUAACACAUUGAAAAGAUAAAGAAAUGAUAAAUCUAAUUUGGUCUGAACUUA